CCCGGGAAAAGAAAAUAUAUUUCCCUCUAAACAAAAACAAAUAUUCAAGAAUCCCCUCUUCACCUUCUUCUUCUUCUUCAUCCUUAGGGUUUUCAAGAUCCCUUAAAAUAAAUCCUCUAUGGAAACCCCUAGCUCAAGUUCCAUGCACCCUCAAUCACCUCCUAAUCUCAGCCCCAAAACUCCAUUAAAGUCUAAUAAUAAUAAUUUAAUCAAUUCCUAUCACCCUUCUCCAUCUCGUUCAAUUUACAGUGACCGUUUCAUCCCAAGUAGAUCUUCAUCUAAUUUCGCGCUUUUCAACUUACCAUUAACCCCACAUUCUUCAUCAACUAAACAAGAUUCUUCUAAUUCUACCAAUGUGUAUACUUCUCUUCUUCGUUCUGCCUUAUUCGGGCCUGAUUAUUGCGGGCCACCUGUGACACCUGAAAAGAAUGUUGUUGGUGUAAAUGGGAGGGGUUUGAAGAGACCCAAUUGCAAUAUUUUUCGGUAUAAAACGGAGACGAAUCAGCCUUUGCAUUCUUUAUCGCCUUUCAGGUUUGAUGAUCAGCUAUCUGGUGUUAGUCUUAGCCCUGUUAAGCCUCCCAAAAAAAGGAAAGUUCCAAGAUCACCUUAUAAGGUACUGGAUGCACCUGCGUUGCAAGACGAUUUUUAUCUAAACCUUGUGGACUGGUCUUCGCAGAAUGUGUUAGCCGUGGGACUGGGGAGCUGUGUAUAUCUAUGGCAUGCAUCUAGUAGCAAGGUAGUGCAGUUGUGCGACUUGGGCAUUGAUGGUGAUGUUAGUUCAGUCGGGUGGGCACAGCGAGGUACACAUCUUGCUAUUGGAACAAGUAAUGGGAAAGUUCAGUUAUGGGAUGCCUCACAAAGUAAGAGGAUAAGAACAAUGGAAGGGCAUCGUCUAAGAGUUGGUGCGCUGGCUUGGAGCUCCUCCCAGUUGUCUUCAGGAAGCCGGGACAAGAGUAUUCUUCAGCGUGAUAUACGAGCUCAAGAAGAUUAUGUCAGUAAGCUAAGUGGUCACAAGUCAGAGGUCUGUGGGCUCAAAUGGUCUUAUGAUAGCCGUGAAUUAGCUUCUGGUGGAAAUGAUAACAGACUAUUCGUAUGGAACAACCAUUCAACACAACCUGUAUUGAAGUACUGUGAGCAUACGGCUGCUGUAAAAGCGAUUGCAUGGUCCCCCCAUGUUCAUGGGCUUCUAGCUUCUGGUGGUGGCACAGCUGAUCGGUGCAUUCGAUUCUGGAACACAACAACUAAUACACACCUCAGCUGCAUGGACACUGGCAGUCAGGUUUGCAAUCUUGUGUGGUCGAAGAACGCGAAUGAAUUAGUCAGCACUCAUGGUUACUCGCAAAACCAAAUAAUACUUUGGAGGUAUCCUACAAUGUCCAAGAUAGCUACUCUGACGGGCCAUACAUAUAGAGUCUUAUAUCUUGCCAUAUCUCCAGAUGGACAGACGAUUGUGACUGGAGCAGGAGAUGAAACACUUCGGUUCUGGAAUGUAUUCCCUUCUCCUAGGUCUCAGAACACCGAGUCUGAAAUUGGGGCAUCUUCUCUCGGUAGAACACAUAUUAGGUGACUCCGUUGUAAUUAUUUUGAGUACCCAUGAAAGUUGUUUAUCAUGAAGCACAAGCAAUGAAGAGGAGCGUUUUGAUCGUUUGAUGAGAGAGAUACUUGUAACGGGAACGAGUUGUCGGAAGCUGUAAAGCUUAAUGUGCAUCUCAAUAUUAUGUAUUAGAGUGAUUAUUCUGUGAAUAGAUCAAGGUGUACAGUUAGAGAUGUUAUUUAUUUCUCAUUAACCUCUCUCGGGGCGUUGUGUAAUAUAUAAAGAGGGGGAGGGAGUUCUUUUGGGAACAUCCAAUUUUACGCAAA